AUGAAUUUUGCCAAUGACAAUCUGACUGUUCUGAUGCUGAAUACCACAGGUCUCAGACAAAGACCAACUGGUAGCUUGAGAAAAUGGGAUCCUGAAACAGCUUACCUCACCAGAUGUGAUUUUAAUAACAACUCAAGACCAUUUUGUGACUGGACCCAACCUUGCAAUGUGAACCAGGGAGUAUGGAUACGAACCAAGCAUGACACUCCAACUGAUGGAACGGGUCCUGAUGGAGACUAUCCUGAUGGAAAAGGCUAUUUCAUCUACCAAGAAGCAAGUAAUCUGAUCCCAUUUGACACUAACAGACUUGAAAGCCCAGAUGUUGUGGUUUCUGGAAAAGUAUGCAUAGACUUCUGGUACUAUAUGUUUGGGUCAGAAGAAAUGAAUGAGUUGAGAGUGAUUAUCCAAGACAGCACAGGGGAGUCUGUGGCAUGGAGUCGGAAGGGAAACCAGAGCUCCUCUUGGAAUUAUGGUGCUGUCAUUCAUACUUUUCCAACACAGAGAAGGAUAAAGGUCAUUUUUGAGGCUGUCCGAGGACUGACAGAGUAUGGGGAUACAGCACUGGACAAUGUGAGAGUAAGGGAUGGAUCCUGUGAUGCAGUUUCCACCCCUGUACCACCAACACCUACACCAACAGAACCUAUGCCACCUCCACUGACAGAAGCAAUUUGUAGCAUACAUGGGGAUCCUCAUUAUUACACAUUUGACAAGCAGCGUCAUGACUUCAUGGGUACCUGCACCUACACCCUGUCCAAGCUGUGUGAGAGCAACAGCUCGCUGCCCUACUUCAACGUGGAAGCAGCCAACGAGCACAGGGGAAGCAACACUCAUGUGUCCUACGUCCAGUAUGUGGAUGUCGAUGUGUAUGGCUACAGGAUAAAUCUGGGUAAAAACAGAGUUGUUAAGGAUUGCUCUUCUCUGUCCCUGCAGGUUGAUGGAGUCAUUCAGGUGCUCCCUCUGACCUUGGUGCACCCUGUCAGUAUUUCCUUAAGUGGGCAAUAUGUUGUGGUUACUACUGACUUUGGGCUGAAUGUCAAGUUUGAUGGAGAUCACAGAGCAGAAAUCACUCUUCCCAGUACCUAUAUGUCAAAAGUCUGUGGAAUAUGUGGAAACUAUAAUGGGAACAAAACAGAUGACUUUCUUAACCCAGAUGGAGAGAUGGAAACAAACUCGGCCAGCCUUGGAAACAGUUGGCAAGUUUAUAAUGACUCAAGGUGCUUGCCAGAUGAUGGCCAUACCCCAAAUUGCACUGAUGAUGAAAAACAUAUCAUCCAAAGCAAUGACUACUGUGGUCUGGUCACUGAUCCCAGUGGUCCAUUCCAGAACUGCCAUUCAAUAGUUGAUCCACAGAGUUAUUUUGAUGCCUGCCAAUAUGAUCUCUGUGAACUUCGUUUGAGCAAUGCAGCCCUUUGUCAAAACCUGCAGGCUUAUGCGGACGUGUGCCAAGCAGCAGGAGUCCAGCUACAAUCAUGGAGAAAUGCAACUUUCUGCCCACUAGCCUGUCCAGCCAACAGUCACUACGAGCCCUGUGCUGCAGCCUGCCCUGCGACCUGUGUUGACCCAUUAGCACCCUAUACCUGCAGCCUGCCAUGUGUGGAGGGUUGUGUGUGCGACAGCGGGUACCUGCUCUACAACGACCGAUGUGUGCCCAGCCAGCAGUGCGGGUGCUGGCACAAUGGGCAGCACUACCCGGUGGGCUCGGAGUUCUGGACGGACAACACCUGCUCCACAAAGUGCACGUGUCCCGCACGGGGAGGCAAAGUCCAGUGCUCCAGCGCCUCAUGCCCUGCGGGCCAGUACUGUGGUGUGCAGAAUGGGAAACCCGAGUGCCUCGAACACUCCUACGGCAUCUGCCACGUCCACGGUGACCCUCACUACGUUACCUUUGACAAGGUGACGCACGACUUCAUGGGGAACUGCACCUACACCCUGGCCAAAGUGUGCUCCAACAGCUCCGUGCCCUACUUCAAUGUUGAGGCAAAGAACGAGCAUCGUGGCAACCCCCACGUGUCCUACGUGCGCGAAGUCCUGGUCGAGGUGUACGGAGAGCGCAUUGCAAUAGUCAAGCAGGAGAGGAGCCAAGUGCUGGUGAACGAUGUGCGCCGGACCCUGCCGGUGAGUGCAGCAGGAGGUGCCAUCAGAGUGAGCACAAGCGGCCGCUACAUCGUCCUGGAGACGGACUUCAACCUCAGAGUGUCCUACGACGCCGACCACUCGGUGGAGGUGAGGGUGCCCACCAGCUACUCCAACCUGACCUGUGGCAUGUGCGGGAACUUCAACAGCCGGCGAGAGGACGAUUACAUGAUGCCCGACGGGCAGCAAGCCGCAGACUCCAAUGCACUGGGGGAGAGCUGGAAGGUGCCGGACGGUGACCCCUCUUGCGGUGUGCCCAUCCCCCCGGAACCCUGCAGUGCGGAAGAGGAGAAGCUCUACCAAUCGGAGCAGUUCUGUGGCAUACUGACUGCCAGACCAGGCUCUUUUGAGAGCUGCCAUGCCGUGAUCAACCCCCAGAGCUACUUUGAGACCUGCUCUUAUGACCUUUGUGCCCUGAGUGGCAGCCAGGAGGUCCUGUGUGGUGCCCUGGAGGCCUAUGCUGAUGCGUGCCAGGCAGCCGGCGUGACUCUUCUCCCCUGGAGGAAUGCCACCUUCUGCCCUGUUGCCUGUCCUCCUAAUAGCCAUUAUAAUCCAUGCACCAGUGCUUGUCCUGCAACCUGCACUGACCCUCUUGCAUCAAAGAACUGCAGCAAACCUUGUGUAGAGGGAUGUGAAUGCAACAAUGGCUUUGUCAUCAGCGGGGGACAGUGUGUGUCCAUGAACAACUGUGGCUGUCUUCUCAAUGACAAAUAUUAUGAGGUGGAUGGAUUUCAGGUUUCUCUUCCUGUGAAUCUGAAGCAUGGAACAAGAGUAGCUGUAAAAGGACACUAUGUAGUCAUUGAUACCUCUCUAGGGAUCCAGGUGAAGUUUGAUGGCGACCAGGAGCUUUUUAUUCAGGUUGAUGAAAGUCUCAAAGGACAGCUGUGUGGUCUGUGUGGGACAUUCAAUGACAACCAGCUGGAUGAUUUUCUUAAACCAGACAAAGUCCUAGAACAGGAUCCAAAUAAAUUUGGUGACAGCUGGCUAGUGAAGGAUGACAACUGGAUAUGUAAUCCAGUUGCAGUUCUGUACUUUGAGAGCUGUGUCUAUGACCUGUGUGCCACAGAGGGGAAUUCUGAACAAUUUUGCAAAAUUUUAGAGGCAUAUGCUGCUGCCUGUGAGCUUGGAGGUGUAAAUCUGGGAGAAUGGAGGAAAGGUACAAUCUGCGCUGUACCAACAGCCUGCAACAUAUCCUGCACAUUUGAUGUUGACUUCUGUGGAUGGGAACAGGCGAUCAAUGACAACUUUGACUGGAUAAGGAACAAGGGGCCAACACCCUCACCGAACACCGGCCCUUCCUAUGACCACACAACAGGAGAUGGCUAUUACAUAUACCUGCAAGGAAGUGAGCACAAGCCAACUGACAUAGCUCGCUUGGUCAGUCCAGUGUGUGGUUCAGAAGGACCGCACUGCUUCCGCUUCUGGUAUCACAUGUACGGGGUGGCUGAAGCAAUGGCCCUGCGGGUGUACGUAGCUCACAAUGAAACAUCAACGCUGGAAUGGAAAGAAGCUGGAAGCAAAGGGGACAGAUGGCAUUUAGGAGAGGUCACGGUGCACAGCAAAGGAAACAUGCAGAUUGUCCUCGAAGGCAUGAUAGGUGAAGAUUUCCGCAGCGACGUGGCACUGGAUGAUCUGUCCAUUGAAAAGGGAUACUGCCCAGGCGAUUUGACUACAACGCCUGUCCCCAGCACGUCGACACCUGGGACACCAACACCCUCGCCAGGCUCAGGGACCUGUGUGGUGGAAGGAGACCCUCACUACCACACGUUUGACAACCAAAUACACCACUUCAUGGGCACCUGCACCUACACCCUGUCCAAGCUGUGUGAGAGCAACAGCUCGCUGCCCUACUUCAACGUGGAAGCGGCCAAUGAGCACAGGGGAGGCAACACUCGCGUGUCCUACGUCCAGUACGUGGACGUCGAUGUGUAUGGCCAGCGCAUAAGGCUGGGGAAGGGCGGCGUGGUGACGGUCAACGGAGUGGCAGAGGUGCUGCCCUGCACCCCAUCGGCAGGCGUGCAGGUCUCGUCCAGCGGGUUCUACACUGUGGUCACGACAGACUUUGGCUUGAGAGUGAAGUUUGAUGGGAACCAUCUGGUGGAGGUGACGCUUCCGAGCACCUUUGGGCAGAAGGUUUGUGGCAUGUGUGGGAACUACAACGGGAUGGCAGCAGACGAUUUCCUGAACCCGGACGGGGUGCUGGAGCCAGACUCCACCAGCCUGGGUAACAGCUGGCAGGUGUCCAACGACAGCAGCUGCUCAGCCGGACAGCCCGCCCUGCCAGCCUGUAGUGAGGCCGACAAGCAAGUCAUUGCCAGCAGCCGCUUCUGCGGACUCCUCACUGACAGCAGCAGCCCGUUUCAGGUGUGCCACGCUGUGCUGAGUCCCAGCGGUUACUUCGACACCUGCCUUUACGACCUGUGUGAGCUGGGGCUGGAUGGCGAGGCCCUGUGCAACAGCUUGCAGGCCUAUGCGGAUGCUUGCCAGGCGCUUGGUGUCAAGCUCCCUGCGUGGAGGAACGCGACAUUCUGCCCCAUCACCUGUCCAGCCAACAGUCACUACGAGCCCUGUGCUGCAGCCUGCCCUGCGACCUGUGUUGACCCUAUGGCUCCCGUCACCUGCAGCCUGCCGUGCGUGGAGGGUUGUGUGUGCGACAGCGGGUACCUGCUCUACAACGACCGAUGUGUGCCCAGCCAGCAGUGCGGGUGCUGGCACAAUGGGCAGCACUACCCGGUGGGCUCGGAGUUCUGGACGGACAACACCUGCUCCACAAAGUGCACGUGUCCCGCACGGGGAGGCAAAGUCCAGUGCUCCAGCGCCUCAUGCCCUGCGGGCCAGUACUGUGGUGUGCAGAAUGGGAAACCCGAGUGCCUCGAACACUCCUACGGCAUCUGCCACGUCCACGGUGACCCUCACUACGUUACCUUUGACAAGGUGACGCACGACUUCAUGGGGAACUGCACCUACACCCUGGCCAAAGUGUGCUCCAACAGCUCCGUGCCCUACUUCAAUGUUGAGGCAAAGAACGAGCAUCGUGGCAACCCCCACGUGUCCUACGUGCGCGAAGUCCUGGUCGAGGUGUACGGAGAGCGCAUUGCAAUAGUCAAGCAGGAGAGGAGCCAAGUGCUGGUGAACGAUGUGCGCCGGACCUUGCCGGUGAGUGCAGCAGGAGGUGCCAUCAGAGUGAUCACAAGCGGCCGCUACGUCGUCCUGGAGACGGACUUCAACCUCAGAGUGUCCUACGACGCCGACCACUCGGUGGAGGUGAGGGUGCCCACCAGCUACUCCAACCUGACCUGUGGCAUGUGCGGGAACUUCAACAGCCGGCGAGAGGACGAUUACAUGAUGCCCGACGGGCAGCAAGCCGCAGACUCCAAUGCGCUGGGGGAGAGCUGGAAGGUGCCGGACGGUGACCCCUCUUGCGGUGUGCCCAUCCCCCCGGAACCCUGCAGUGCGGAAGAGGAGAAGCUCUACCAAUCGGAGCAGUUCUGUGGCAUACUGACUGCCAGACCAGGCUCUUUUGAGAGCUGCCAUGCCGUGAUCAACCCCCAGAGCUACUUUGAGACCUGCUCCUAUGACCUUUGUGCCCUGAGUGGCAGCCAGGAGGUCCUGUGUGGUGCCCUGGAGGCCUAUGCUGAUGCGUGCCAGGCAGCCGGCGUGACUCUUCUCCCCUGGAGGAAUGCCACCUUCUGCCCCCUGCGGUGCCCUGCCAACAGCUACUAUGACCCUUGCAUGACUGGCUGUCCUGCCACCUGCGUUGACCGACAAGCCCCGCAGAACUGCUCCAAGCCCUGCAUGGAGGGCUGCGCGUGCACCUCUGGCUUCCUCCUCAGCGGAGACACCUGCGUGCCCGAGGCCAACUGUGGCUGCCUCUUUGAGGGCAACUACUACAGCGAAGGAGAGCACUUUGUGAACGAGAACUGCACGAGACAGUGCCGAUGUGAGGCCAACGGCCAGAUGGUUUGCUCUGCGUUGUCCUGUGGUGAGGAGGAGGUCUGCAAGAUCCAGGACGGCCAGCGGGGCUGUUACCCGGCCAGCACAGCUCUCUGCCACAUCUACGGCGACCCGCAUUACAGCACCUUCGAUGGGAAGCUUCACCACUUCCAGGGCUCCUGCAACUACACAGUGGUGACGGCCUGUGACAACUCCUCCCUCGGCUUCAGCGUCACCACGCGCAACGAACAUCGGGGCAGCAAGAGCUGGACGGCUCUGAACUCGGUGGCACUGUCCGUGGAAGGCCUCCACAUUGCACUGCGCAAGAACAAGGCAGUCUACAUCAACGGUGCUCUGGCCUCCCUGCCUGCUUCUCCAGCCCCCGGUGUGAACAUUUCCCUGAGUGGCUCCUACGUGCAAGUCUCUACCAAGCUGGGCCUGCAGGUGCAGUUCAACGGGGACCAUGAGCUCCUUGUGAGGGUGUCCGAGAAGCACUGGGGCAAGCUGUGUGGGUUGUGUGGAACAUACAACGGGAGACAAGAGGACGACUUCACACGACCCGAUGGCGUUGUCGUGCCUCACAUCAAUGACUUUGGAGACAGCUGGAGUGUGCCGGAUGACGAGUGGCCGUGUGAGACAACCCCUGAACCAUCUCCGCCCUGCUCCCCCUCUGCGGAGGAGGCAGCUAACAAGGAGUGUGCAAUCCUCACGCAACCCAGUGGCCCGUUCCAGCCAUGCCACGCAGUUCUGCCACCCGAGAAGUACUUUGAGAGCUGUGUCUAUGACCAUUGUGCCACGGGUGGCAGCACGGAGCAGCUCUGCAAUGCCCUGGGUGCCUAUGCUGCAGCCUGUGCUGAGGCAGGUGUUGCUCUGGGAGACUGGAGUGAUGGCACUGUCUGUGGUCCAACAGUUCCUCCAACCUCGACGCCCUUGCCAGGUACCACAAUGCAGCCUCCCCACACAACAUCACCUGGGACAAGCACAGGUCCGCUGCCUCCAACAGCCUCGACUCCAUUGCCAAACAGCACAACACAGCCUACGCACACACCGCCACCAACCACACCUGGGCCAAGCUCAGGGACCUGUGUGGUGGAAGGAGACCCUCACUACCACACGUUUGACAACCAAAUACACCACUUCAUGGGCACCUGCACCUACACCCUGUCCAAGCUGUGUGAGAGCAACAGCUCGCUGCCCUACUUCAACGUGGAAGCGGCCAACGAGCACAGGGGAGGCAACACUCGCGUGUCCUACGUCCAGUAUGUGGACGUCGAUGUGUAUGGCCAGCGCAUAAGGCUGGGGAAGGGCGGCGUGGUGACGGUCAACGGAGUGGCAGAGGUGCUGCCCUGCACCCCAUCGGCAGGCGUGCAGGUCUCGUCCAGCGGGUUCUACACUGUGGUCACGACAGACUUUGGCUUGAGAGUGAAGUUUGAUGGGAACCAUCUGGUGGAGGUGACGCUUCCGAGCACCUUUGGGCAGAAGGUUUGUGGCAUGUGUGGGAACUACAACGGGAUGGCAGCAGACGAUUUCCUGAACCCGGACGGGGUGCUGGAGCCAGACUCCACCAGCCUGGGUAACAGCUGGCAGGUGUCCAACGACAGCAGCUGCUCAGCCGGACAGCCCGCCCCGCCAGCCUGUAGUGAGGCCGACAAGCAAGUCAUUGCCAGCAGCCGCUUCUGCGGACUCCUCACUGACAGCAGCAGCCCGUUUCAGGUGUGCCACGCUGUGCUGAGUCCCAGCGGUUACUUCGACACCUGCCUUUACGACCUGUGUGAGCUGGGGCUGGAUGGCGAGGCCCUGUGCAACAGCUUGCAGGCCUAUGCGGAUGCCUGCCAGGCGCUUGGUGUCAAGCUCCCUGCGUGGAGGAACGCGACAUUCUGCCCCAUCACCUGUCCAGCCAACAGUCACUACGAGCCCUGUGCUGCAGCCUGCCCUGCGACCUGUGUUGACCCUAUGGCUCCCGUCACCUGCAGCCUGCCGUGCGUGGAGGGUUGUGUGUGCGACAGCGGGUACCUGCUCUACAACGACCGAUGUGUGCCCAGCCAGCAGUGCGGGUGCUGGCACAAUGGGCAGCACUACCCGGUGGGCUCGGAGUUCUGGACGGACAACACCUGCUCCACAAAGUGCACGUGUCCCGCACGGGGAGGCAAAGUCCAGUGCUCCAGCGCCUCAUGCCCUGCGGGCCAGUACUGUGGUGUGCAGAAUGGGAAACCCGAGUGCCUCGAACACUCCUACGGCAUCUGCCACGUCCACGGUGACCCUCACUACGUUACCUUUGACAAGGUGACGCACGACUUCAUGGGGAACUGCACCUACACCCUGGCCAAAGUGUGCUCCAACAGCUCCGUGCCCUACUUCAAUGUUGAGGCAAAGAACGAGCAUCGUGGCAACCCCCACGUGUCCUACGUGCGCGAAGUCCUGGUCGAGGUGUACGGAGAGCGCAUUGCAAUAGUCAAGCAGGAGAGGAGCCAAGUGCUGGUGAACGAUGUGCGCCGGACCUUGCCGGUGAGUGCAGCAGGAGGUGCCAUCAGAGUGAGCACAAGCGGCCGCUACGUCGUCCUGGAGACGGACUUCAACCUCAGAGUGUCCUACGACGCCGACCACUCGGUGGAGGUGAGGGUGCCCACCAGCUACUCCAACCUGACCUGUGGCAUGUGCGGGAACUUCAACAGCCGGCGAGAGGACGAUUACAUGAUGCCCGACGGGCAGCAAGCCGCAGACUCCAAUGCGCUGGGGGAGAGCUGGAAGGUGCCGGACGGUGACCCCUCUUGCGGUGUGCCCAUCCCCCCGGAACCCUGCAGUGCAGAAGAGGAGAAGCUCUACCAAUCGGAGCAGUUCUGUGGCAUACUGACUGCCAGACCAGGCUCUUUUGAGAGCUGCCAUGCCGUGAUCAACCCCCAGAGCUACUUUGAGACCUGCUCCUAUGACCUUUGUGCCCUGAGUGGCAGCCAGGAGGUCCUGUGUGGUGCCCUGGAGGCCUAUGCUGAUGCGUGCCAGGCAGCCGGCGUGACUCUUCUCCCCUGGAGGAAUGCCACCUUCUGCCCCCUGCGGUGCCCUGCCAACAGCUACUAUGACCCUUGCAUGACUGGCUGUCCUGCCACCUGCGUUGACCGACAAGCCCCGCAGAACUGCUCCAAGCCCUGCAUGGAGGGCUGCGCGUGCACCUCUGGCUUCCUCCUCAGCGGAGACACCUGCGUGCCCGAGGCCAACUGUGGCUGCCUCUUUGAGGGCAACUACUACAGCGAAGGAGAGCACUUUGUGAACGAGAACUGCACGAGACAGUGCCGAUGUGAGGCCAACGGCCAGAUGGUUUGCUCUGCGUUGUCCUGUGGUGAGGAGGAGGUCUGCAAGAUCCAGGACGGCCAGCGGGGCUGUUACCCGGCCAGCACAGCUCUCUGCCACAUCUACGGCGACCCGCAUUACAGCACCUUCGAUGGGAAGCUUCACCACUUCCAGGGCUCCUGCAACUACACAGUGGUGACGGCCUGUGACAACUCCUCCCUCGGCUUCAGCGUCACCACGCGCAACGAACAUCGGGGCAGCAAGAGCUGGACGGCUCUGAACUCGGUGGCACUGUCCGUGGAAGGCCUCCACAUUGCACUGCGCAAGAACAAGGCAGUCUACAUCAACGGUGCUCUGGCCUCCCUGCCUGCUUCUCCAGCCCCCGGUGUGAACAUUUCCCUGAGUGGCUCCUACGUGCAAGUCUCUACCAAGCUGGGCCUGCAGGUGCAGUUCAACGGGGACCAUGAGCUCCUUGUGAGGGUGUCCGAGAAGCACUGGGGCAAGCUGUGUGGGUUGUGUGGAACAUACAACGGGAGACAAGAGGACGACUUCACACGACCCGAUGGCGUUGUCGUGCCUCACAUCAAUGACUUUGGAGACAGCUGGAGUGUGCCGGAUGACGAGUGGCCGUGUGAGACAACCCCUGAACCAUCUCCGCCCUGCUCCCCCUCUGCGGAGGAGGCAGCUAACAAGGAGUGUGCAAUCCUCACGCAACCCAGUGGCCCGUUCCAGCCAUGCCACGCAGUUCUGCCACCCGAGAAGUACUUUGAGAGCUGUGUCUAUGACCAUUGUGCCACGGGUGGCAGCACGGAGCAGCUCUGCAAUGCCCUGGGUGCCUAUGCUGCAGCCUGUGCUGAGGCAGGUGUUGCUCUGGGAGACUGGAGUGAUGGCACUGUCUGUGCUCCCCCAACAGCCUGCAAUUUCUCCUGCACAUUUGACGUCGACUUCUGUGAGUGGGUCCAGGAGGAGUCCAGCAGCAUCGACUGGAUAAGACACAAGGGGCCAACACCGUCGCCCGAUACUGGCCCUUCCUUCGACCACACGACAGGAGACGGCUACUACAUCUACCUGCAUGGGAGCAACUAUUACCCGUACUUGGUGUCUCAGCUGGUCAGUCCGGUGUGCAAUUCAACGGGACCGCACUGCUUCCGCUUCUGGUACCACAUGUACGGGGUGGCUGAAGAAAUGGCCCUGCGGGUGUACGUGACUAAGGACAAAGAACAAGUGCACGUUUGGGAAACAACUGGGAACCACGGGGACAGAUGGCACUUGGGAGAGGUCACGGUGCACAGCACAGGAAACAUGCAGAUUGUCCUCCAGGGACAAUGGGGGGAAGAUUUCCGCAGCGACGUGGCACUGGAUGACCUGUCCAUUGAAAAGGGAUACUGCCCAGGCGAUUUGACUACAACGCCUGUCCCCAGCACGUCGACACCUGGGACACCAACACCCUCGCCAGGCUCAGGUGAGUGGAGCAGACGAGUCAUGGGGCUGCAGCGUUCUGGGUCCUACUACCUUGCCAGAUAUUACUACACAGCCUUCACGGACAACAAAACCUGGAGGAAGCACAGUGGCUCCAUCAACCCCCAAACCUGGGACCCCCUUGCCAGUCACCACAACACAGCCUCCACACACGUCAACACCCACACCAAGCUCAGUGGCUCCAUCAACCCCCAAACCUGGGACCCCCUUGCCAGUCACCACAACGCAGCAUCCACACACGUCAACACUCACUCCGAGCUCAGUGGCUCCAUCAACCCCCAAACCUGGGACCCCCUUGCCAGUCACCACAACGCAGCAUCCACACACGUCAACAUCCACUCCGAGCUCAGUGGCUCCAUCAACCCCCAAACCUGGGACCCCCUUGCCAGUCACCACAACACAGCCUCCACACACGUCAACACCCACACCAAGCUCAGUGGCUCCAUCAACCCCCAAACCUGGGACCCCCUUGCCAGUCACCACAACGCAGCAUCCACACACGUCAACAUCCACUCUGAGCUCAGUGGCUCCAUCAACCCCCAAACCUGGGACCCCCUUGCCAGUCACCACAACGCAACCUCCACACACGUCAACACCCACUCCGAGCUCAGUGGCUCCAUCAACCCCCAAACCUGGGACCCCCUUGCCAGUCACCACAACACAGCCUCCACACACGUCAACACCCACACCAAGCUCAGUGGCUCCAUCAACCCCCAAACCUGGGACCCCCUUGCCAGUCACCACAACGCAGCAUCCACACACGUCAACACUCACUCCGAGCUCAGUGGCUCCAUCAACCCCCAAACCUGGGACCCCCUUGCCAGUCACCACAACACAGCCUCCACACACGUCAACACCCACACCAAGCUCAGUGGCUCCAUCAACCCCCAAACCUGGGACCCCCUUGCCAGUCACCACAACGCAGCAUCCACACACGUCAACAUCCACUCCGAGCUCAGUGGCUCCAUCAACCCCCAAACCUGGGACCCCCUUGCCAGUCACCACAACGCAACCUCCACACACGUCAACACCCACACCAAGCUCAGUGGCUCCAUCAACCCCCAAACCUGGGACCCCCUUGCCAAUCAUCACAACACAGCCUGCACACACUCCAUCACCACCAAGACCUACACCAAGUUCAGGUCCAAUUACACCAAGACCCACAAUUCCCUUGCCAGACACCACAACACAGCCUUCACGUACAACAGCAUCAUCCACACUCCAGCCAAGCUCAGAAUUCAUCAUUUCAUGGGAAAUUGCACUUACACCCUCUCCAAAGUGUGUAACAUCUCUCAGAGGAUUCCAUAUUUUGAUGUGUCCACAACAAAUGAGCACAGAGGAGCCAAUACCAAAGUCUCUUACGUGAAGUCAGUGCAAGUGGAAGUCUAUGACAAUCAGAUUUCUAUGCUGAAAAACAAGAAAGUGAAUGUGAAUGGCAGGAGAAUGAACCUGCCCGUAUUUAUAGAAAGGAAGAUUAGUAUUCAAAGUAGUGGUGGAUAUGUUCUCUUGGAAACUGACUUUGGACUGUGGGUGAGAUACGAUGGAAAUCACUAUGCAGAAGUCUCUGUGCCCUCUGAUUACAGUGGUCUGCUCUGUGGACUGUGUGGCAAUUAUAAUGGUGAUCCAAAUGAUGACAACAUAAAGCCCAACGGUGACGUUGCAAGUAGUUCCAAUGAACUUGGAGAAAGCUGGCUUGUGCCUGAGAAUAACACCAUUUGCUCCAGUGGGAUAGAAGAAAAAUGCAAUGCUGAUCUGGAGAAUGACGCAAAGAAGAACACUGCAUGUGGCAUGAUCACAGACCCAACAGCAAUGUCCUGUCCUGGAGGCAGCAUCUACAAGAGCUGUGGUACUAGGUGUCCCUCUACUUGUGUGAGCACCUCAACCGCCACUUCUUGUAGUUCCUUACCAGUGGAAGGUUGCUUCUGUAAGGAAGGCUAUGUUCUGAGUGGAGACACGUGCGUGCCAGAAAGCAGCUGUGGCUGUGUUGAUGAAAAAAACCAGUACCACCAGGCAAGUUACUCCAGACAUUGUUUAAAGAAAGAAUUGAAAGAACAGGUAUAUACUUCUACAUUUUUUUUCCCUCAGCUGGGUGAAAGCUGGUUCCUCAGUUAUCCCUGCAAUGAACGCUGCACCUGCAAUGCUAAAAACAAAAUUGUAUGCUCACCCUGGGAGUGUGGAGUACGAGAGGAAUGCAGUGUCAAGGAUGGUGUGCUGGGCUGUCAUUCCAAUGGCCAAGCAACAUGUCAGGUAGCAGGAGAUCCCCAUUAUUUCACUUUUGAUGGAUUGAUGUACACCUUUGUGGGUACCUGCACCUACACUUUGGUUGAGGUCAUCAGCGAGAGCGUCAACAAUAUAACCAUCCUUGGCAAGAAUGAAGACCGAGGGCUACGAGGGGCCACAUACCUGAAGGAAGUCUACAUAGAUCUGUAUGGUGUACGAAUCACCCUUCAGAAAAGCAAAGCAAUCCUGUUAAACAAUGAGAGAGUCUACACUCCAGUGGAGAACAGGCUGCAGGGCGUGUCCAUUGGAAAUGUUGGCAAAUACAUAGUAGUGGAAACUGACUUUGGCGUGGUAGUGAAAUAUGAUGGCGAUCACUAUCUGGAAAUCACCCUCCCACAAUCUUACUUCUCAAAGGUACAUGGUAUGUGUGGUAACUUCAAUGACAAUUAUGAAGAUGAUCUGUCCUUACCCAAUGGUACAAUUGUCAGUAUCACACAGUUUGGAAAUAGCUGGAAAGUGGAAAAAGACAGUGAUGCAGGUUGUUUAUCAGACUCAAGAGAAGAUGAUGUUCCUCCUUGCACCGCUGUGAAUAAACCGGUCAUUGAAAGCCAGUGCAAUGUCCUAAAAUCAGACAAAUUCAAAGUAUGUCAUAGUCUGGUCAAACCUGAAGACUUCAUAAAGAUCUGCAUCUAUGACAUGUGCCAGUAUAACGGCAUGAAGUCCACUCUCUGCGACAUAGUUCAAUUUUAUGUGGACACCUGUAGGAAUCAAGGCGUCACCAUUAUAUGGAGGAACAACACAUUCUGUCCAUUGCCCUGUCCAACCCACAGCCAUUACACGAACUGUGCCUCCGCCUGCCCAUCAACAUGCAAUGACAUUUUUGCCUCCUCCCUUUGUGAGAAGACGGAAGAGUGCACAGAGGGCUGUGAAUGUGAUAAUAAUUACGUGCUCAGUAACGGCAAGUGUGUACCUCUCGGCAAUUGUGGCUGCAGGGAUGAUGACAACAAUUACUACAGUGCUGGGGAGACCUGGAUAACUCCACACUGUGCCAAAAGAUGUCAGUGUCAGAAGAAUGGUGUCAUUGAAUGUACAAGUUAUAGCUGUGAUUCUGAAGAAACCUGCGUGAUCAAAAGUGGAAAAUACAAGUGCAAUCCAACAGGUUUUGGGACAUGCCGCAUCAUGGGUGAUCCACACUAUGUCACCUUUGAUGGUUUGGUGCACCACUUUCAAGGGAAAUACACAUAUAUUGUGGCUCAGACCAUCCCUGAUCUACAUGAUACUCUGACACCGUUCAGCAUUGAAGGCACGAACUAUCCUCUUCAUCGAAAUUCACGCAUUACUUACCUGAAAGAGAUUCUCAUCAACGUUUACAAUCACAAAGUGAGAUUCAGGGAGGACAAGCAGAUAUUGUUGGAUGGUGUGAGGGUGAGACCCCCUGUUCGUCCUCAUGAAGGUAUUCAUAUAUAUCAGAGGACAAGAAGAAUUUAUCUGGAGACAGAUUUUGGCUUAUAUGUGAGCUUUGAUGGCAAUCAAAAUGCAGAUUUAAAGCUGGCCAACACCUACAAGGACAAAGUAGAAGGUUUGUGUGGUGACUUUGAUGGGAGACCUAGAAACGACUUCACAAACCCAAAUGGUGUUUUGCAGAAGAAUGUGAAUACAUUUGGUGAGAGCUGGAAAGUUCCUCUGAAAAGAAAAACCUCUCGUCUCAGACGAGCUGUCACUCUAGAAGACGAGUCUGAGGAGGUACAAGAUACAGGACUCUUCCAAGGCUGCAGUGAAAAUCAGCUGAUACAAGAAAACAGAACUUCUGUCUGUCAAAUUCUGACUCAGCUGAAUGGUCCUUUUGCAAAGUGUCAUUCUGAAGUCUCACCAGAUUUCUAUUCCACGAGCUGCAUCUUUGAUAUGUGUGUGGACAGAGACGACACUACUACCUUAUGUCGCAGUCUGGAGGAGUAUGUGCUGGCUUGUCAGGAGAAAGGAGUCAAUAUGGAAGGCUGGAGGCAAGAGACAGCUUGUGAGAUGCCGUGUCCGGCCAACAGCAAAUACAGUUCAUGCAUGUCUGCAUGCCCAGCAUCCUGCAGCGACUUGACCAGCCCCUCUGAGUGUGAAUGGCCUUGUGCUGAAGGCUGUGAAUGUCUCCCUGGCUAUGUUCUUAGUGGUUUUGAAUGUGUGCCUUAUAGUCAGUGUGGCUGCACAUACCUCAGCAAAUAUUAUGAGGUACAGUAUCUCAGCGGGCCAGACAGCUCUGGCAGUGCUAAACAAUAUUUUCUUCUGCUAAUUAUUUUGACAAUCUCACUGUUCUCUUCAGCACAUAACUUUACAUUAGAAACAGAGAGCGAUUUGUUUAAUAAUAUUCUGGUCUCUGGAGGAAGGGGGGAGAGAACAGAUCCCCUCAGUCUGCCUCUGAAACUUUGCUUGCCAGAAUACUCAAGGCGGGCACUUGAGGGAAGCAUAUGA